CCGCUCCCAGCACGCACCGGGGGGCACGAGUGGGGUGCGUGGGCGUGGCGCCGCGCAGUGUAAGCUGGGAGCUGUAGUUGCCCCCGGGGACGGUGCCGUGCCGGAGCCGCCAUGCCGGAGGGGACCGGAGCGCUGCGGGAGGUGCUGCCCAAGCAAGGGCAGCUCUCGGUGGAGGACAUGCCCGCCCUGGUGCUGUGCAAGCCCAAGAUCCUGCCCCUCAAGUCGGUGUCGCUGGAGAAGCUGGAGAAGCUGCAGAAGGCGGCGCUGGACGCGGCCCAGGCGGCCCCGCCGCCAUCCGCGGGGCCCGCGCCGCCCCGGCAGUAGCUCGGGGAGGGUCGUGCCCGGCGGCAGCCGCGAUCGGAGGUACCGCUGUGGAGCGGGGCUGCCGAUGAGCGCGGCCUGAACGCGGGCGGUGGUGCCGGCUGGGCGGGGAGGCCGCGCGAAGGGCGCUGGCGGUGUAGGAGCUGCGCUGGUCGCUGCCCUGGCGCAGUGUUAAACGCGUCUUUAGAGCUACCAGAAAAGACAAACGGGAGGAAGGGAGUUCCACAUCCCCUGCUCCGAGCCGGGCUUGCCAGACCCGCCUGAGCACUGAAGCGCUUGGCUCCUCGAGCACAGCCUAUUCCCGGCCUGGAAUGGCUAUUCCCAGCAUUUCAGAACACCUGAAAUAUUGACGUGAAACUGAAAAACAAAGGAGAGGCUUUACCGAGUUCCUGGAAGCGAGUCAUUCUUAGAUCCAUCUCGUUCUUGAGCAAGGGCUGCACGAAGCUCUGCUGCAAAGACAGGUUCACAGUAUCUGUGUCAGCCUGGACGCUCCUACGCAAGUCAGUUGUGUUUUCCAAAACAUUCUGGUAAAUACUCAUUUGCCAUGAAUUUAAUUAUUCUGUGCUCUCCUCCUGAUUGCAAUACCAAAGGGCAGCGUUAGAUGUACUGCUUAAUUUAUUCUGUUUAAAAUAAAUAAAAAGGAGGCAGAAACAAGAUCUUCACAAAAAAUAUUUUUAAU